AUGACCAAAAAAAAUCUUGGCCCUUGUUCAGUUCGUAAUUGCCAAAUAAAUCCAAAGCAAUAUUGUGAAAUUACUGAUAAUGCAUUCAGAAAAGCAAAAGAAAAAGGCACAUUUAGUCAGUAUAAUUAUUUAGAAAUCAGAAAGCAACUAUGUUAUCCGCAUUAUCUUGAAAUCAUCGAACCCAAUCAUCAUAAUGUAAAAAAAUCACCAACUAAUAAUUUACAAGAUAGUGUCGUUAGAAAGCCAUUAUCAUUUGGUGAUAAAAUUACUUUAAUGACUAAAAUAUUAUAUAACAAACAAAGAAAAGAAAAUCAAAUACUUGAAUUGGACCCAACUUAUUUUCAAACAAUGCUUGAGAGUGCUGAGCCGUUAUUAGAAGGAUUUUUUGACGAAUUAUGCAAUGCAUUUAUUUCAGAAAGAUGGUCUGCAUAUAAUAAAAAGGAGGACAAAAAAAAAGUAGUUAAUAUUUGCUAUUCAAUAGUGGCAAUGCGCAAUAGGCUUGUAAAUAAUUAUCCUUUGGAAAUUGGGUUAUAUCUUGCAGCAUCGGGUGCAUCAUGCGAUGCUAUUGAUACAAUGCAUUGA